CAAUCAUUGAUUCAUUGGUCACCUUGACAUACUAUGCCAAUCCCCUAAAUUUGAGGCAUCUUCAUCCAUAGGAAACCGUUAGGUACAAUUCUGGAACACAAUUUGAGACAGAAAGAGAGGCAAAUUUCUUCGUGACAAAUUUUCAUUCAAAAUUCUUGAAUUCCCAGGAGGAAAGAAGAAAAAUACCCAACAAUGAUUAGCAGGGGAAGAUUAUAAUAGCUAGAUCAAAGAUUUCAUCUUCCCUUUGCUGCAUUGCCUACCAAGUGUAUGAUCAAAUUCCCAAGAGAAAAUGUUUUAUAUACUAACAAAGCUAUGAUUUUGAUGGGUGUAAGAUGACAGACAUGGCCGAUGACAACAAAAGGAUUACAAGUAAUCGAAAUAGUAUGCCUCCUGAUGGACUUGCUCCAUGGAAUUAUGGGUCUCAAUCUAUGCAAUCAAUACGUUCCACGAAACCUGAGAGGCUCUAUAAAGUUUGGCCUGGCAACAAUAAAUUUCUUUGUGGUGGGAGAUUGGUACUUGGCCCUGAUGCGGGAUCCCUGUAUUUAUCCUCAUUUUUGAUAGGAUGUCCAGCUUUUACUUUUUGUAUAAGGAUGCUCGUUAGGAUCAAAGAACAUGAUCCCCUCUAUGGAUAUGGGGUGCUGACCACAGGUGUCGUUCUCACUUUUAUGGAUUUGUUGUUUCUUUUCAUGACCUCUGCUCGAGAUCCAGGAAUAGUUCCAAGAAACAAUAGAUUAACAGAAGAGGACGAUUUUGAUAGAUCUUCAUCAUUGGAUUUGGUUGCGGGAAAGUCUUCUAGUCUAAGGAUUCCGCGUACUAAGGAUGUACCAGUUAAUGGCUACAUUGUUAAAGUCAAGUUUUGUGAUACUUGUAGGCUAUAUCGUCCACCCCGUGCUUCUCAUUGCUCAAUAUGCAACAAUUGUGUGCAGAAAUUUGAUCAUCACUGCCCAUGGGUGGGUCAGUGUAUCGGACUGCGCAAUUACCGUUCCUUCAUCUUCUUCAUAACUACUUCAACGUUCUUGUGCAUGUAUGUCUUUACAUUCUCGUUGGUCAAUCUUCUUCGGAAAAAGGGAGGCCUUUUGCUUUCUAUGUCACACGACAUUACAUCAGUCAUUCUGGUUGUUUACUGCUUUAUAGCUGUUUGGUUUGUUGGUGGGCUUACGGUCUUCCACUUCUAUUUGAUGUCAUCCAACCAGACCACGUACGAGAACUUCCGGUACCGGUAUGACAAGGACAAAAACCCCUAUAACUUUGGCCUGAUCAACAAUCUAAAACAGUUUUUCAUGACCAAAACGCCACCUUCAGCUAUCAAUUUCAGAGAGUUGGUGCUUGUUGAAGAUGUUUAUAUACCUGAGACCCCAAGCUCCACUGAAAGUUUUUCUGGGUUCAGAAAUAAUUUGGAUCUUGCAAUGAUACAAGGACUAACAAAAAACGGUAGUGUGGCGCUUCCAAGCGUUCUGCAGAACUUAGAUUAUGCUGAUAUUGAUGACAAGUAUAAGAAGCAAGUAGGUAAUGUAGGGACUUCAAGGGAUCUUGUAAUGUUUGCCCUAGGACAAGCUUCUGCACAACAAGGACACCAAGUCACAGUUCGAGAUGCUGCUGCCACGGAGAACAGAGCUGAACACGAUGAUGCUCGUUAGACUGCUGUGUGAACCCUAGUUGAAGGUUAUGACAGAUCCAUGUAGAAUCAAGUGAGGAUUGUACACAAAAAUGAACUUCUUUUGACAGCAUUACAACAGGAUUAUGACCUAAAGAGACAUUGUGUAUGUGUUAAUUUAAUCAAGAGGCUUGUUUGGUGAUCGGACGACGAAGGAAAAGACUAAUCAGUCAUCUACAACAUGAAGAAUGAGUUCUGAAUUAUGAUGGCACUAACUGCAGAAUGUAAAUCAGAAUGAAGACUGCUAUUAUGCAGUUUUACCUUACCUUAUAUCUUGUUUGAAUUCUUUAUUGGUACAUAUUUCUCCCUUUUAAGACCCAAUUUGUAUAUUUUAUACUUAGAUUUAUUUGUCAAGGUUUUUGUCAGAUAAAACAUAAUACAUAGGUAGAAAGUUGAUUUUGGAGGUGUUCUUUUGUGAUGGGCAUAUUGUUGCAAAUGUGCACAAGAUUGUAAAUAUUUUACAACGUUUCAUUAUUUUAAUGUCAUUGAGUGACUUGCAUUAAAGUGAAA